AUGUCUUCUCUCUGGAACGCAUUGACGGGGCAAAAGUCCAACCAAAGCAAGCCAGAUCAUAGCCAUGCGCCACCACCACCAGAACCCACCACCAACUUCAGCCCCCCUCCAUUCGACCCAUCCUCGGCGCAAGGUGUCGACUCCUUCCUGAACAGUUCCGCAUUCGCCGACCCCUCACAACUACACCCUCUCGCCGGCCUCAACAAAGACGCCCUCGAGUACAUCACCCUCGAGGAAUCCGCAGUCUCCGACCUGCCUGGCGGGAACUCCGUCCUGCCCUCGCGCGGAUUCACAGACGAUCUCUGCUACGGCACCGGUAUCACAUACCUCUCCGCCCUGUCGAUAGGUGGCGCAUGGGGCUUGCAGGAGGGCCUUAGGCGUAGCGCCGGCCAAGCACCCAAACUGCGGCUGAACUCGACUCUGAACGCGAUCACAAGACGAGGCCCAUUCCUGGGCAACUCGGCGGGUGUUGUCGCCAUCGUGUACAACUGUAUCAACUCGUACAUCGGAUAUGUGCGUGGGAAGCAUGAUGCGGCCAACAGCAUCGGGGCGGGCUUCCUGAGCGGCAUGUUGUUCAAGAGCACAAGGGGGUUGAGGCCAAUGGCCAUCUCGGGCGGAAUCGUUGCCUCCGUUGCUGGUGUCUGGACGGUCACACGGAAGACAUUCUUCCCAGCGUCUGAACAACACCCGUAG